AUGGAGAUGCUGCUACUCUUAUAUCUGUUACUGAGGCUGCAAGUGAUGGCGACGUCUCCGGCGCUGAUUGCUGAUCUAUCGCUGGCUUACUUCCAAUAUCGGGACGUGCGGCAUCUUUGUUAUAUAUCUUGCAAGACGUUUGCUGAAACUAAAAGUAUAGCCAACAAUUUUAUUGACCAAGGAAUACGGACAUCAGUAGUAAUGAUUGACGACGAAACUAAAUAUCUGGAGCCAGCACUAGGUUCAAACUUUCCUCUUGGAGUAUUUCUGGACGCAUCUUGUACACACGCACAAUCAGUACUUACGGAGGCUUCAAGAAGGAAUUUAUUCGACGCCCUUCAUAUUUGGUUUCUCAUUAACUAUCCAGAAAACAAAACUACGAGUAGUGAAAUAGAUUUGGAAGCUAAACAUUUCUUUUUCGGACUUAAUUUGAGCGUUAACACUGACAUUGUUCUUGCUAACGAUAGAGGAGACUACCAUGAAUUAAUUGAUAUAUUUAAUUACGGCAAAAUUCAAGGCAACGGUUUAGAGUGGAAGCAGAUUGGAAGUUGGAAUGAAAAAUACGGAAUAUUGACAUUUUCAAAUAAUUACAAAUACAAAGAUCGUUGGAAUUUUCACAAUUUAACAUUAAGGGCGGUGUCAGUGAUAUUGGAGCGCCCCGAGGUGUUCAAAGCGACGAUGCUGACAGAGGCGGGCUACACGGCCGGUGUGUCCGCCAUGACAAAGGUGGUCGCACAGCUACUGCACGUGCUUAUACAACAACAUAACUUCAGAUUCAACUACACUAUAGUGGGUCGCUGGAUCGGCUCACCCGAGAGGAACUCCACUUUGGCCGUCACUAAUUCCUUGUUCUGGGGCGAACAAGACAUAUCGUGUACUUGUGCGAGGAUAUUUCCCGAGUGGCUUAAUUGGGUCGAUGUAUUCUUCCCCGCUACAACUACCCUUGAGACGAAGUUCUACUACCUGAUACCGGACAAGGGUGUAGGGGACUACGAGAACCGUUUCUUGACUCCGAUGUCCGUGGGCGUGUGGUGGUGUGCGUGCGCGGCGGGCGCGCUGUGCGUGGCUGUGCUGGCAGCCGGCGCGCGCCUAGAGGCCAGGCCAGAGCCACAUGUGUACGCCUUUUUUAGUGUCUUCGCGACUACUUGCCAGCAAGGGCGACGUCUUAUACUCCUCGUAGUAGGUCUUACAAGCAUGUUGCUGUACAACUACUACACCAGCAGCGUGGUCUCGUGGCUGCUGAACGCCGCCGCGCCCACUCUGAACGACCUGGAUACAUUGAUGAAUAGUGAUUUAGAACUUAUAUUUGAAGACAUCGGAUAUACUCGAGGAUGGCUCGAUAAUCCUGGUUUCUUUUACUACAGCGGUCAUAAAAACCCAAAAGAAGAUGAAUUAAGAAAUAGAAAAGUAAUAAAUGCCAAACGAACUGUACCACUGCUGCAGCCAGUGACCGCUGGAAUAGAACUAGUGCGCACCGGGGGGUAUGCGUACCACACGGAGCCGUACACGGCUUACCAGGCAAUAUCCAAAACGUUCGACGACACAGAGCUGUGCAAGCUGGGAUCACUGCAGAUGAUGCAGCCCGCGCAGGUCUACAUCAUGGCGCAGAAACGAAGUCCCUAUAAGGAGUUUUUUGUUUGGAGUUUAAUGCGUCUACAAGAGCGGGGACACGUUCGCGCGGCGCAGGGCCGUGUGGGGGGGGCCGAGCCGGCUUGCUCGGGGCGAACGCCGCGCGCCCUCGCACUGGGUCAGGCCGCGCCCGCUUUCGCCCUGCUCGCAGAGGCCGCACUGCUCAGCAUGCUCAUCUUAUUUAUUGAAAUAUUGUGGUACAGAUUCACAACAGAAAAAUCAAAGAAGAAACGGAAGCUAGGAAUGCAAAAAACUACCUUCAAGGUCAAAUCAAUUAGGAUCCAAAUGUAA